GUAGGAUCAACAUACCUAAGCUUGUUCUCCAUCCUUCGGUGGGACUCAUCCAGAGAAAACCUGAAAGUUGGCCAUCUAGUCUAUGAUGAGCAUGCUGCAUGCCCUCAGUGGUCCUUUGGGAGAGAGAGAUGAGUCUUUGCGUUUUGAACAUCUGUCUGGACGGGAGGAAUUUCCCCAUCUCCCUCCUGUAGGCAUCGUUGUCUCUCUGUUGAUCAAAGAAGCAGCUGAGCUGUCUAAGGAGAGGAGUCCUGUCGCUGAGGUCUGGAAGAGCGCUCUCUCUGGUCUGUAGGCAGAGACAUGCCUUCGUUUCUCAGUGCUGAGCGUCUUCCUCAUUUUGUUGCUGGAUGAGCAUCUGGUCUCUCUACACCAGAACUCCUGCCUUGUCCAGGAGCUUGCCCAAAUAGUUGUACCCACCUGUGCUCCAAAAAUCAGACCCCUUAAAGAUGCUCCAGUAAUUAAUUGGAAGUGAUGAAACUGGAUUUAUUUUGUUAAUGAUUCAGUUAUCUGCAAGCUGGAGAGACUGUGACGGUAUGUUGUCUUCUGCCCAGUAGGUUCUCCUCAGAGAACAUGUAUAAGCUCACAUUUGAAACACUUUGAUAUUACGCUUUUCCUUGCUAGGGCAGGUUUUGCUGUCAUGUGUCUUUGAAGUCCUGGUCUGUUCUGAAUAUUUGAGAACAAGUGUCUUGUCAUGUGCAAGUUGUCUCUUUCCUUUUGGGUUGCACUUUCUCGUUGCUUCUGUUGGGGGUCCCUGUUCCUUUCCAUCACCCCGUGAACGAGAAGCACAGAGAAGGUGCUUGGGAGCUGCCGCACUUGGCAAAGCGUGGGACUGACUGUCAGCUCAUUUCCCCUGAUUGUACUGAGAUCUAUGAGUAACCGUGAUCAGCUGAAAUAGCUUAUUUUUCUUAAUCACUGAAAAUUAAUAUCCUGUCUCAUCCUGCAAGUCUCUGAUCUGUCUUUCUGACAGAUGAACAUAUCGCCAGUAGCUCUUGCUCGUAUUUACGAAGAAGACUUUAAACAAGAUAUGGCUGCCUUAAAGGUCCUUCCUCCUACAGUAUAUAUGAGAGUGACUGACAAUAUUCCUCAGAUAAUUUCCUUUAUAAAAACAAUAAUUGCUAGUGGACAAGCUUAUGCAACCUCGCAAGGCAAUGUUUAUUUUGAUGUUAAGUCUUGGGGAAAAAGAUACGGAGUAUUAACUACUAUUUAUCCUGAUACCCAAGAUGAAGCAGCUGAUACUGAUAAACGACAUGGUAGAGAUUUUGCCCUGUGGAAGGCUGCCAAGCCUCAAGAGCUAUCUUGGACUUCUCCCUGGGGAAAAGGAAGACCUGGAUGGCACAUUGAGUGUUCCACAAUAUCAAGUGCAGUGUUUGGAAAGCAUCUGGACAUCCAUACCGGUGGAAUAGAUCUUGCAUUUCCUCAUCAUGAAAAUGAAAUCGCACAGUGCGAGGUGUAUCAUCAGUGUGAGCAAUGGGGGAAUUACUUUUUGCAUUCUGGGCACUUGCAUGUUAAAGGAAGCCAAGAAAAAAUGUCCAAGUCAUUAAAAAACUACAUAACAAUUAAGGAUUUCCUGAAGAAAUUUUCGUCGGAUCAAUUCAGGAUGUUUUGUUUGCGCAGCAGAUACAGCUCAGCAGUAGAAUUUAGUGACGAGAGCAUGGAUGAUGCAAAGCACCUUCUUCAGGCAAUUUCCUCAUUUAUUAGCGAUGCAAAUGCUUAUAUAAAAGGACAGCUGGUAUGUGACCCUGUUAGAGAAGACAUACUGUGGGAAAGGCUAGCCAACACAAAAGUAACUGUGAAGGCUGCGUUUGCAGAUGACUUUGACACCUCCAGGGCUGUUGCAGCAAUUAUGGACCUCAUUCACCAUGGCAACAGACAGCUUAAGGCUGUUACUAAGGAUGCUGGAUCUCCUAGAAGCUCUGUUGUGUAUGGAAGCAUUAUUUCCUAUAUAGAAGGCUUUUUUAAUGCCCUUGGGAUGUCCUUUGGAGAAAGACAGGUGGCUCUGGGAGGAGGUGACUCGGUUGUGCUCUCUAACGUCAUUGACGAGCUUGUAAGGUUCCGUGCAAAGGUCCGUCAUUAUGCGCUUGCUCUGCCAGAAGAAGCAUCAGAAGCUACGCCGAUGGAGGGUGCCACGGGAGCCAAAGGACCGAAACAAGAACAAAAGGAAAAGAGGCAGCAGUUAAUGCAGGAGAGAAAACCCCUCCUGGAGGCUUGUGACAGCCUGCGUGGAGACCUUGCAGCCUUUGGAAUCCACAUAAAGGACAGAGCUGCCGUUUCGACCUGGGAAAUUGUGGAAGGAGGGCAAGGAGAGCAGCAGGCUGAGAAGAAAAGCUGAGCCUUCAUCCUUGGACUUGUUUUUUUUACUUCAGCUGCUUUGGCAACAGUUGUAAAUACUGUGACUUUACAAAUAAAAUCCUUGGAACAGAA